AUGGAGGUAUUCAGUGGUAGUUUGAGAAAGGUUGCAGCAAUAAUGAUUGUAGUGGUGAUGGUGGGAGUGAGAGUCGAAGGUGAAGAUCCGGAUCUGCUUACAGAUUUCGAUCUUUCAAGUGGGGCAACGAUUGACGGGAACUUCUUCACGUUUAAAGGGUUCAAUGGAGUUGGGUCUAAUUCCACAGCCAGUGGGAGCUUUAAAAUUACAAGAGCCACCCAGCAAGAAUUUCCAGGGCUGAUGGGUCUAGGUGUUUCCUACGCCUUCUUUGAAAUAGGGGCGAACAGUGUUGUUCCUCCUCACUAUCAUCCGCGGGCAAGUGAAUUGCACAUGAUUUUAGAGGGAUCACUCACUGUGGCUUUUGUAGACACCACCAACAAGCUGUUCAACAAGACCCUAUUUGCUGGGGACACGUUUGUAUUCCCAAAGGGAAUGGUCCAUUACCAGAUCAAUCUUGACAUGUACAAACCUGUUCUUGCUAUCUCUGCAUUUGGGAGUGCGAGUCCAGGGACUGUGCUGUUGCCUUCCACUCUCUUCGGCUCUGGAAUUGCCGACCUUGUUCUCCAAAAAUCUUUCAUGAUCUCACCUGAAACCCUGUCCAUGCUCAAGGCUCCCUUCCUCUAG